AUGAUGUUGUUCGUGGAAAAACUAUGGUUUUUAGUAAUAUUUCUGGGUGUACAUGUACAAAGCCAAAAUAUUUCGAUUGAACAAAUCAUCCCUGCGAGAAUAGAACUACAAGAAUUGCGACUGAAUGCGCUUCACCAGGUUAUUUUGAUUUACAAUUCCCAGCCAGAAUUGAAGACAAUUAAUCCCUUCAAAGUAAAGACGACAACGAAUAUGAGUUAUACUUCUUCACUGCCAGUUUUGGUAGUGGCCAAUCAGAAAACUCAGGUAUCGGCAUGGUCAACUCCACUUGCUGUGGAAACUUCUUUAAAAGGCAGUACUUUAUAUUUUGAUACAGUUUCAAAAAUUUUGUGUCACGAUUCUAUGGAUGCGAUUAUCAAUUCAGACUUCUCCAUCAAACCUCUCCAAAUCGCCCAAAGGUUCAUAAUUGCCCUGUCGACGUCGUCGGCGCGAGACGUCUACGUUAGCGUCGAACUAGAGGAGCAAAAAGACUUUUACGUUGAGCUUGAUAGGAGUUAUUCACUGCUUGUGUCUCCCAGUGAGCCACAAUACGUCUUCUUCAAAUUCGAUGAAAACACCUCGGACACGAUCGUCAUCGAGGUCGACUCCAAAGAUGACAUUUGUCUGACAGUGUCAGUUCAAGACUGCCAUUGUCCAGUAUUUGACAUGAAUAAGGACAUAAAAUACGAAGGUAUUCACCAGACGAUCAAUCUAAAUGGAGCCAUAACUCUUGCUAGAAGGCAAUUCCCCAAUGGAUUUUUCUUGGUCUUCGUAGCUAAACCUGACAACUACGAAUGUAGUCAAUCUAGCUCCUAUAUUCCCAGAAUGAUGAGAACAGUAUCGAUUUCCACUGUGAAUAUCACCAGCAAAGUCAAUUUCAAAAUUAGGAACAACAUCAGUGGCAGGGAUUAUGUUCUCGCAGUUGUCGGAACAUUCGUUAUAUUGACUGCAGCCGGUGUGGUACUUGUGAUAAUAGCUCUGGUCUUUCAUCGGUAUGGGACCAUUUCAAAAAAUACCUACAAUGAUGUGGUUGUUACCGACUAUUUCGAAGUACUAUCCGAAGAACAAAUCACAGGUUUACUAAAAUCUGACUACCUCACCGUAUCUCAAUUUUCUAGGAAUCCAAAACGAAUAAAAAAGAGAUCGUACAACUACUUGUCCCAUACUCUGAGCAUUGCCUUAUUCUACAGUAUUCCAGUUGUGCAACUAGUCGUCACCUAUCAAAGGAUUGUGAAUCAAUCAGGCAAUGAAGAUUUGUGCUACUACAAUUUUUUAUGUGCACAUCCAUCAUUUGGGUUCAGUGAUUUCAAUCAUAUUUACUCUAAUAUCGGUUAUGUUAUGUUUGGAAUCAUAUAUAUUUUUGUUGUGCUGGACAGACACAGGCUGGUGAAAUUGAGAAAGGAGAAAGGUAUUCCUGUGCAUUAUGGACUAUUUCAUGCGAUGGGUGUAGCUCUAAUCAUUGAAGGAUUAUUGUCUUCUUGCUAUCACAUUUGCCCAAGUCAAUCGAACUACCAAUUCGACACUAGCUUCAUGUAUGUGAUGGCAGUACUUAGCAUGAUCAAACUAUACCAAAAUCGUCAUCCUGAUAUCAAUGCAACAGCUUACACAACUUUCACGAUUCUUGGAGGAGCCAUAUUCAUGGCAAUGAUUGGAAUUCUGAAUGGGAGCUUGGCAAUCUGGAUUAUCUUUAUAGUUUUUUAUUCUGCCCUAGUUGUUAUUUUAUCGUUCAAAAUAUACUUUUUGAACUUUGUUCUGGAUGGGUUGAAACAGUUGAAACGAGAUAUUCAAAAGAAGGGAAUUGGUGUCGACACCUUCAAUCCUAUCAGAAAAGCAAGGUUCAUUCUUCUUGUCUUAGCCAACCUAGCUAACUAUUCAUUCCUAAUUAUCGGUCUGUUAUUGUAUAGUACAAACAUAACAGACUUUGGGACAUUCCUUUUGGGACUUCUAUUGGGAAAUGCUGUCAUCCAUACAAUAUUUUAUACCUGUAUGAAAUUGAUUCAUAACGAACGCAUUUGCUUUGAAGCAAUUUGCUAUGGACUUCUGAGCCUUGGAUGCUGGGCAGGUUCUGCUGUUUUUUUCCUUGAUAAUGCCACUCUCUGGACAGUUACUCCAGCUGAGUCUCGACAAUGGAACCAAGCCUGCAUUCUGAUAAAUUUCUUCGAUAAGCAUGACGUGUGGCAUCUUCUCAGUGCCCCAGCUCUCUAUUUCACAUUCAUGUAUCUGAUGUGCCUUGAUGAUGAUAUAAUCGAUAUUUUGAGGGAAUCGAUUUUCUUGACAGGUGAGUAUCAUUUGUAGAUAUCAGAUGAAAAUAUCGAAUUCUGAAU